ACCAUUGUACACCUUUUAGAACAAAGGGAUAAUGUCAAUUUCCGUCCAUUAGCUGGAUUCUACAGAUAUCACGAUGCCAUGUCACUUUGUAUUUAUGAAAAUUACUGCAUUGAUAUCAUCAAUCGCUAUACACAUCUUGAAAUACAUUUUCGUGGCUAUAAAAAAUCUUGUCCACAAAUAGUCACAGAAGUUCGUGAAUUAUUGAGAAAAGUUAUCAAAAAAAGCAGCGAGAAUCUCAAAGUUGAGAAAGAUAAAAACUUUAUCUUUGCUUUCAAAUGCCCCAAUAAAAUAACCUGCAUUGUCCAGGAAAAAGGCAAAGCUAAAGACAAAGCUUCUACACAGUGUACUGAAUGUUUUCCACAGUGUUACGUCCUAGAUUUAGAAAAUGAUGAUAGCUACAGAUGCUGGUUUAGUGAUCAAAUGUCUAGUCCAGGAGCUAAGACAUCAGUAGAUGGUCCACCUACUAAGAGAUAUAGAAUUCAAACUAAUGAAUUAUUAGGUAUCAGUGAUCUUGUUGAUAUACUUGAUUUACUAAAGAAGCAUGGAUAUUCUAGUGUCAGUUAUUAUGAUCUUGGUCUUCAUUUAGGACUACUGUCUACUACUCUUGAUGUUAUUGAGGCUAAUAACAAAGAUGUUCGUGCUGCUCUAAGAAAAUGUUUGACAGCAUGGUUGCAACAAGUUGAUAAUGUAAAGAGUAAAGGUGUUCCAACUUAUGAUACAUUAAUACAAACAUUGAGGAAGAUGGGAGAGAAUGCUGUAGCUGAUGGGAUUGAAAGAGAAUUAAAAAUGAACUGA